CUUAUCCUCGUCAAUUUGGUAAUGUCAACGAAAAUUAGGGUUCCGGAAGGAGUGUCGCCUUCUUCGAUUCAGGCCUCGAAGGAGAAGGAGAUGAAGACGUACAAUCCAGAACCUUGUUCGACGGGCGGAAGCGGAAUCAGCUCCGUGGACCCCGACGGCAAACCAGUACAGCAGAAGCGGAAGGAGAUAAUGGCACGGCUGGCGUUAAUAGAAAGGGAGUAUCAUAGCAAAUCCAAGAAGCAGGCGACACGACAUCCACUACCACCAGAAGAGGAUAAUCCGUUAGAAGAGGAGGAGAAUCUAGAUCCUCCUCCUCCACCACCAGAAGAGGAUAGUCCACCAGAUCCACGAGAAGACAAUCUAGGCCCUCUACCAGAUUUCUUAAAGAAGGAUUUGUCUAGGAUGUUCUCUAUCCCUUAUGGCGGUUGCAAUAAGCAUAAAUGGCUGGAGUACUUUCGGGUGAUGCAUAACAGUCGGGGAUUUGACAUAGACACCCAAUCCGUUCCGGAGAAGGAUGAUACUCCAAUAAUCAAACCUUGUGACUUGAGGAAACAUAAAAUUCGUAAUUCCAUCUUUCGGAUGUCACAGCAUUGCAUUAACCUCUUCAACACGCCACGGGAAGGCGACCCUGUUAAGAUGAUGUACCGGAGUGUUAGAGUUGAGAAGGCCACUCGUGCCCAUCGUUCUUAUGACUUCACCAAAGAAUCUGAUGGGAUCUUUCCCAUUCCAGGGCAGUUCAGCGACGCAUAUCCUAAUAGCUUUCCUCGGGUUGAGUAUUAUUUUAUCACCUUCGUGGCGACUUCUGUUGAUGCUGAUGACGGCGAGGUAACGUUUCUAGGUGAGUAUGUUGUUUAUCCUCCUCGUUGUGUACAGAAGUCAAUGGCCGUGUUUUGCCAGAUGAAAGAUAUGGUCUUUGAGGAUUGGGAGAAGGUGAAGUAUACCUCUAGAUGCCGACUUCCUUGCUGUAGCUCUACCGACCAGUUUGGUGGUGUCACCCCUUUGCUGAGCGUCCCUCCUCACCCACGCUUUGUGAAGUUUGUGUCUUGAAACUCCUCUUCUUCUAGGGGCUGUGAUGUGAUUACGUGGUGAACUAGUAAAUUAUGUGCUACAAUGAAUGUGAUUGUGUUGAACUAGUCGUAUUUAGUGUUCAUUAACCAAACUAAUAAUUGUUCUCUAGCGCAAACAUAAGACCUGUGUGGAUAAGCCCGAUUCAAUCUGACUGGGUUCAUCUUUUCCUGUUUAGUUGUAAUGGUGACUAGCAGCUUUUUUACCUCUACAACAAUGCAGGGCAUAAACUCAUCUUCACAUCUCAUCUUCCAAGCCAAAAACAACAAAGAGAGAAAUGCUAACCUCCUUUACCAACUAGGCGACAUCAAACCCCCUAAAGUUAAAGUGGAUUCAUCAAUUUGGACCUUCUAACGACGUCAGAGCAAUAUAACAACUAAAAUAUUCUUCUGUUCAAAGAAACUUUAACUUACAAACUUUACCCAAAAACAUAGAUUCACCAAAUCAAAACCAAAGGCAACAAGAAGAAAAAGAAAAGAAAACAAGUAUCCAGGUCAUGUCCUGAAUUAUGAAACCCCCAGUAAGACGGAU